AUGGGUGACCCUCAUUUUCUUCUAUUCGUCCUCGUUUUCCGUGCUGGUUCUCGGUGUACCAGGGCGAGUACAUACGCAGGUAUUGCUGACUCUAAAUUCGCGUCAAACCUUAGCAAAUUGCCGCACGGAGGCUACCAUAUGUCUUUCCUCCGGCGUUCUAAUCAGCAAGAAUCCGAAUACGACGAAGAAAACGACGAGACUAUUGAUCCAGAACUACGCCUUCGAACCUUCCGGACUGCAGCGUCGGCAAUAGCAGAGUCGAUACGGUCGGAACAGAGAGCUGAGAAGAGGAGGAAGAGGAAACGGUCCAGGUUCUUUCGGAAGACUGCUGAGAAGAAAAAGCCUGAGCCGACAUCUGUCGACGUCGCGCCUUCAACAGAGGUACUCGGCGAGCGGAGGAAUGUCUAUGUAAAUUAUCCUUUGGGAGUGCUGGAAGUCGAUGUUCGCGGGGAACCUAUUGCUCGCUAUGAGAGAAACAAGGUCCGAACUACCAAAUAUACCAUUCUAACUUUUAUUCCCAAGAAUCUAUACGAGCAAUUUAGGCGGGUAGCAAACCUAUUUUUCCUUACCCUUGUCGUGCUUCAACUUUUCUCUGUGUUUGACGCAGCAUCGGGCGCCAUCUCGGUCCUACCCCUUGCAUUUAUUCUCACCGUCACCGCCAUUAAGGAUGCUGUCGAAGACUAUCGCCGUGCAACUCUCGAUGAAGAGGUGAACACGUCGGCGGCAACAAAAUUAGGCUCGUGGCGUAAUGUCAACCAACCGACAGACCCCCGGCCCUGGUUCGAAAAGAUGCUGGGUAUCAAUCCACCGGGGAAGGUUACUAAAGGCGUACGCAAACUUCGUGACCGAGAGGCUAACGAGGCUGGCCAUGGCGUUCGUGUCAUGCUCAGCAAAACCAGCGAUACCUCCACCGUCCUUUCGCAUGAUGAUCCGUCCACCACGAGUUUUGAUCUUGAUCAUGCACGCUCAAGUUCUGGUCGGCAGUUGGAUGAUAUCCAGAGCGUCGAUUCCCAUAGUUACCCUCCGGACGCAUCAUCGCUUUCUGAUACAUCAACGCAGCGUAAUUCUACCACGGAAUUCCGGCAAUUCAAGCAGCAUGAUGGCUCCCAAUCUACGCUAGGCGUAAUUGAUUGGAAGCGGCGAACUGGAGGUUCUGCCCGGUGGGAGAGGACGUUAUGGAAGAAGCUGGAAGUUGGAGACAUUGUUCUUCUACGGGAGAACGACCAGGUUCCUGCUGACAUUGUCGUUCUCUCGACAUCAGAUCCUGAUGGCAUGUGUUAUUUGGAGACAAAGAACUUGGACGGUGAAACUAAUCUAAAGCCUCGGAAAUCCAUCAAAGCCACUUCGUCCAUUGCCUCUGAAGACGAUAUCGAGCGGUCGUCAUUUUGUCUUGACUCAGAACCACCACACCAGAACCUCUAUCUUUACCAUGGUGUUCUUCGCUACAAGGAUACUCUCACGGGCGAAAAGAGGCAAGAGCCGGUCACGAUCAAUGAAAUGAUCCUUCGUGGAUGUGCAAUCCGUAAUACGACUUGGAUCAUUGGGCUAGUCAUUUUUACAGGCGCAGAUACCAAGAUCAUGUUGAACGGAGGCGCUACGCCGUCGAAACGUUCUAAAAUAGAGAAGGAGACCAAUUUUAACGUUAUCGUCAACUUCGGUGUUCUGGUAUUCAUGUGCACCAUUGCGGCUAUUUUCAAUGGUGUACAGGAUGCGCAAACAGGCACCAGCGCAGAGUUUUUCGAAAUUGAUUCGGAGGCGACAGACUCGUCAAUCUUGAACGCCAUAAUAACAUUUGUGUCAUGUCUCAUCGCUUUCCAAAACAUUGUACCUAUAUCAUUGUACAUUUCUAUCGAAAUCGUCAAGACUAUACAGGCCUACUUCAUUUCCCAGGACGUGGAUAUGUACUACCAACCUUACGACACACCUUGCGUUCCUAAAACAUGGAACAUCUCCGAUGACUUGGGGCAGAUCGAGUACGUGUUUUCCGACAAGACCGGUACGCUCACGCAAAACGUCAUGGAAUUCCAGAAGUGCUCGGUCCAUGGUAUCGCAUAUGGAGAAGGUGUGACGGAGGCGCAGCGUGGUGCUGCAACCCGAGAAGGCAAUGCAGACUCUCUUGAUCCCCGUGACUUGACGGAGAAACUCGCAGCGCUCAAGCAGCAAAUGCUGAGUGUUAUGGAACGCACCUUUAAGAACCGGUACCUCCAACCGGACAAGCUGACUCUGGUGUCACCUAAACUCGCGCAGAAUUUGGCGGACCGUUCGUCUGAACAACGGGGUCACAUCAUCGCCUUCUUCCGAGCGCUCGCUUUGUGUCACACAGUCCUUUCCGACAAACCCGAGCCCCAGGAGUUACCGUAUCACUUGGAUUACAAGGCUGAAUCGCCGGACGAGGCCGCGUUGGUGGCUGCCGCGCGCGACGUUGGGUUCCCCUUUGUCAAGAAAUCGAAGGAUACUUUUGACAUAGAAGUCAUGGGCCAGUCGGAGAAGUACACGCUUUUAAAGGUCCUCGAGUUCAACAGCACGAGGAAACGAAUGAGUACGAGGGCGGAUAGUGUUAUUUACGCACGCCUUGCACAAGACCAUGACCCCGUGCUGAAGGAACAGACGAGCAAGGACAUGGAGAUGUUUGCUAACAAUGGACUCCGGACGUUGUGUAUCACAUACCGCUGGCUCACCGAGGAGGAGUAUUUGACAUGGUCUAGAACGUAUGACGUUGCCACUAAUGCCAUUGAAAACCGGGACGAGGAGAUUGAUAAAGCGAACGAACUUAUCGAGCACUCGCUGCAAAUACUUGGAGCUACCGCUCUGGAAGAUAAGUUACAAGAAGGUGUCCCAGAGGCCAUCGAGACCUUGCAUCGCGCCGGGAUCAAGCUGUGGAUUUUGACAGGGGACAAACUUCAGACCGCGAUUGAAAUCGGUUAUAGUUGCAAUCUCCUCAAAAAUGACAUGGACCUGAUGAUUCUUUCUGCCGAUUCACACGAACAGGCGCGCUCGCAGAUAGAGGCUGGUCUCAAUAAAAUAGCAUCUGUUUUAGGUCCGCCAUCAUUUGAUCCUCGGAAGCGGGGUUUCUUUCCUGGGUCGAAGGCAUCGUUUGCUGUCGUGAUCGACGGGGACACUCUUCGAUACGCGCUAACUCCGGAGCUUAAGCCUUUGUUCCUUAACCUCGGUACACAGUGUGAAACUGUUGUUUGCUGUCGUGUUUCUCCUGCGCAGAAGGCGUUGACCGUAAAACUGGUCAAAGAAGGACGCAAUGCUAUGACGCUAUCCAUCGGUGAUGGUGCUAACGAUGUUGCCAUGAUUCAAGAAGCGAAUAUUGGUUGCGGACUGUUCGGUCUAGAGGGUUCUCAGGCAGCUAUGUCGGCCGACUAUGCUUUUGGGCAGUUCCGAUUUUUGACGAAGCUGUUGAUUGUUCAUGGUCGUUGGUCGUAUCAGCGCGUGGCAGACAUGCACAGCAACUUUUUUUACAAGAACGUCAUCUGGACCUUUGCUCUGUUUUGGUAUCUGCCCUUCAAUAAUUUCUAUGGGACAUAUCUGUAUCAGUACACGUUUAUCUUGCUCUACAAUCUUGUAUUCACAUCGCUUCCCGUUAUUAUCCUUGGAGCAUUCGACCAGGACAUCAACGCCCAGGCUGCACUCGCUUUCCCGCAGCUCUAUGUUCGGGGAAUCCGCGGCUUGGAGUACACCCGGGCCAAAUUCUGGAUCUACAUGUUAGAUGGUUUGUAUCAAUCUGCGGUUGUGUUCUUCAUGGCGUACUUGGUUUGGACGCUUGGUCUCUCGGUGUCGUGGAGCGGGAAAGACAUGGAAUCUUUGGCCGACUUUGGAACAACUGUUGCCGUCUCCGCCAUUUUCUCUGCGAAUACCUAUGUCGGAAUGAACACUCACUACUGGACCGUCAUAACAUGGGUUGUAGUCUUUGGGUCUAGCAUUGUCAUGCUGCUGUGGAUCAUAGUGUAUUCUUUCUUUUUCAGUUCCGACUUCAUCAAUGAGAUGCAGAUCUUGUUCGGUGGCGUACCUUUCUGGGCGACGGUUGUUUUUUCCACCGUUGUUGCCCUUGGUCCCCGUUUCGUGUGCAAAUUCUUCUCUUCUGCGUACCUUCCUUUGGAUAAAGAAAUUGUCCGUGAAAUGUGGGUCAAAGGCGAUCUCAAGGAUCAGCUUGGGAUCCGACAUCGGAAAGCCAAGAACCGCAGGGCUGACACACUAGAAGCGGCGCCUAUGUUUGGACAUGGUCGUAGCCAGUCGGAGAUGUCUCUUAGCAAUACCCCAUACGAGCCUGCACUGACUUCAAGUCCUGGCCCUAGCAAUCAGCUUCGACGAACAGAUCUAGGUACACCACCCCUCGAAGGCAAUCUUACUCCCCGUGGUUUCAAUCGGCGGAACGAAACACCAGCAUCAUACUAUUCCGUUUCUGAUAUCCCUCUGCCCUCGCCACUACCAUCACCCAAGUACCGUUAUACUGAUGGCUCGAUCACGAGCACACCGCCCAGCAGGAGAACAAGCGUUGCCACAACCCAUCGGGGCGCUCAUACCUCUAGUCCACCACCUCUAUCACCACCCACCAUCAAUGUUCCUGCCACCCACGGACGAUCAAUGCCGUACGAUGCUGGAGACGCCUAUGAAAUGGAUGUACGGAAUCCACCGUCUGUAUCAAGUCAUAGUCAUCACCAUAUCGACCGGUCACCAGCGAGUGAAGCGUCGUUUGCUACCGCAUAUGACGACUUCCACGCUUCGGAUGAGACUAUGGUAGGCAGCCCUCCUACAUCCUCUUCCGGCCAUCUCGCUCCUGGUCCACGAUCAGGUGAAGGAGGGUAUUAUUCUGGGCAGUACCUGCAGUCCCCUACGUUCCAGCUACAGCAACAAGAGCAACCAUCUGAUCCGGACUAUGAUGACCGACGUGCUAGUGCUAUAUCUUGGCAGGGUGGCCGAGCACUAUAGGAUUUCUUGCUAUAUGGCUAGAGGUACCUUCAGCAGGGUACUUACUCUAUACAUACUUACAUUAUCUCAUCUUGUGUCUUGUUCAUUUUUUCCCUCCCAUAGCAAUCCUUUCAUGUGAAAUUUGGACUUUUGUUAUAUACUCUAAUUACCUCUAACAAUGAUCAUGGUGCAACCACCUAGAAUAUUAUUAUUUCUAACUG